AUGCCUUGUUGUUCGCAAGAGCAAGUGAACACCGAAGAGGAAACAGACAAGGAGUUGCUGGUGUUUAUCCGCACUGUCUACAUAGAAGCCGUACUACUGUGUUCUGCGUCGACAGUUCCUCUACUGGUCACCUCGUCGCUGAGCAUAAGCGUGGUCAAGAUCCUGCCGGUUCCGCCGUACGUCUGGCUGCUGAUCGCCAUCGCACUCCUGGUGUUCCUGAUCUGCCUACCCAUCCGGCGCACCCGGCCACUGAUCGUCUGGACAAUGGUCGGCGGAAUCGUGUUAUUCUCAACGCUGACCGCCGCAUGCUUUAUGUCCAUCUUUGACAUUCCCGACUUGGUGCUCUACUUCUUCAUUAUGCUACUGGUGGUGGGCGGACUGAUGGUCUGUGGAGCCAAGUGCCGGAAAUCGUGUCUGCCCAAUGGCCUCGUCACCGGAGUGAUUGUGACCCUCUGCCUGGCCGCGCUCCUGCCGCUCAGCUUUUUGUCGCUUUUGUCCAUCCGAUACUUCUUUGCGAGCUUCUGCGCCAUCCUGUGCAUCCUGGUGAUGACAGUCAUCCCCAUGCACGCCCAGUUCAUCCACGGACGAUUGCAGUACUCCCCAAUUGGCCUGGAAGCCAUCUGCUCCACUCUGAUCUACCUUUGCACAUUUACCGUGUUCUUCUGCAUCUGCGUGUUUUCUUGUACCAUUGACUCGCAGAUUAAUGGACCUUUAAAUUAUCAUUUAGCAGCCCUGUCUACUAUUCCUAUAUAA